GCCUCUGAAGACGCUGGCGCAGCCCAUGGAGAACGAGCUGGUGGUCACAUAUGCUCAGGAGAAGCUGUUGGAGUUGAAGACGUGGCUACUAGACGAUCAAUCUGUUCGUGUUGUUGGUAUCUAUGGAAUGCCCGGCGUGGGAAAGACGGCCUUGCUCAAACACAUCAACAACAAUGAAAAGGUAGUGGAUUUCUUUAACCUUGUGAUCUGGCUUACUGUGUCCAGAGACUCCAAUGAAUCUGAUCUCCAGAGGCGCAUUUUUGAGAGAAUUGAAUUGCCUUGGCAAUGCAAUUAUAGCAUUGACGAGGCUGCAGGGAAGUUGCAUUCAGUUUUCAAGGAGAAGCCACUGCUGCUCAUUUUGGACGAUGUGUGGAGAAGAAUAGAUGUUUCCAAAUUGGGAAUUUCACUUUUGGAGAACAAAUCAAAAGUUGUGCUGACUUCCAGGGAUAGAGAGGUGUGCAACAGCAUGGAUGUAGACAAAAUGAUUCUAAUGAAGAAACUCUCGGAGGAAGAUGGUUGGGUACUUUUCUGCAGAGGAGCCUUCCGAGCUAGCGCGGAUCAGAAUAUAGAUAGCGAGAUUGAGCCCUUCGCAAAAGGGAUUGCAAAGGAGUGUAAAGGGCAUCCCCUCGCCAUUAAGACACUUGCCCGGACAAUGCCGAAGCUUGACAAGAGUACGCCAUAUCAAUGGAAAUACAUUCUGGAAGAGCUAAAGGCGAUUGACCCCCAGUUUUAUCGCAUUCAUGAGGAGAUUCUGAGGGAAUUAUUCAGCCCACUGAAGCGCAGCUACGAUGCUCUGGAAACAGAUGAGCUGAAGCUUUGUUUCCUGUAUGUGGCCGCUUACAGAGAAGAUGAGGAAAUCGACGCAGAUCAAUUGAUACAAUUGUGGUUGGCCGAAGGCCUAGUGAAAAGCAGAGAGCAGGGUCGCCAUUCUUUUCUCAAGAUCUUGGCCGACCGAAGUUUGGUUGAGAUUGAGGUUAAAGAGGAAAACGGCCUUGAUAUUUGGAAAGUGAAAAUUCACGAUGUGCUAAGAGAUAUGGCGGUACAAAUCGCUGAGGUCGACCGGAAUAUCCUGUUCCGUGCGGGACAGAGUCUAACUGGCAUUCCAGACUCUGCAAGAGCAACAUCGGUGAGGAUAUCACUAAUGCAUAAUCAUAUCAGAUAUCUGCCUCAAAAUUUUCAAUGCACGGAGUUGGUGACACUGUUGUUGAGCUGGAACACAGUUGAAGAAAUUCCAGAGGGAUUUCUGGAGAAGCUGAAUAUGUUGAAGGUGCUUGAUCUCAGCAACACGCCCGUCAAAUCCUUGCCAAAGUCCAUCAAGCAACUGCAGAAUCUCCUCUAUCUGCAGUUUUCAAAUACCCAGAUUAAGGUAAUCCCUCAUCAAACAUUUGAGCUGAGUAGACUGCAGUUUUAA